AUGCAGUUCUUUCUAGACUCCGAAGCCGCUUUCGAUUCUCCUUACCGAGGGCGUCUUUUCAACGCGCUUCGCGCCGAUGGUGCUGCACUGUUGCUGGACGAGUCUCAAAGAUUCGACUUGAGAUAUCCCAUAAAAUGUAAUCGCGAGGAUGAUCAUGAUAUGUUAAAACCUCUGAAUUGGUGCUGUGUAUGGAGAAGAAGUGCCCCGAAAGUGCCGAACGCCGUUGGUGAGAGAGCGAUUUUGACCUCACCAAGGGAGCAUGCCGGCAAUCGCAAAAUCUGCCCUUCAGCCACCCUAUACCCUCGGUGGCAUAUGUUACGGAUAGGAUGCGAUAUGACCGCCAGUAUAUAA